GUGCACAGACUGCCUGGACUAGUCACGUGACCGCAUCGCUGGCUGCGUGACGUGCAGGGCAGCGCCGGAGCCGAGUGCUGUUUUGCAUUCAAUCGGUGCGUCGUAGCCGCGCUGUAUUCAAGCAGACAUGACAGCGAUAGGAAAAAACAGCGGUUAGCCUCUUGUAAAGCCAGAGUCCGAGAGCAGGAGCGGAGAGACGGGGGGAAACACUCGGUUUCACAGAGCUGUCGCUGCUGGUCUGCCCGACCUCCCAGCAUUAGGAGCUGCGACGCUGGGAGAGGCGACGCCCACCUGACCCACCACGAUGUCCUCCAGUGACGGAGACGUCCGAGGUGAAGGUUCUUUGUUCUCUGACCAGAAUCCUUCAGAAAUGGAUGCGCUCUGUCCUUCUCCUCCUGGACCUUCCAGACCCCAGCGUAACUACGAGAGGAUUGGAGAGCCAACGGGAACCUCUUUUUGUCAGACCCUUAUCCACCUGCUGAAGGGGAACAUCGGGACGGGGCUGCUGGGUUUGCCUCUGGCUGUUAAGAACGCAGGCCUGGUGCUCGGACCCGUCAGCCUGCUGUGUAUGGGCGUCAUUGCAAUCCACUGUAUGAGGGUGCUGGUCAAAUGUUCUCACCACCUCAGUGCAAAGAUGAACAGGCCGUCUCUGACCUACGGCGAGGCUGUGCAGUACGGGAUGGAAAACGUCUCAUGGCUGAGGAGACACUCACACUGGGGGAAACGAACGGUCAACUUGUUUCUCAUCAUCACCCAGCUGGGCUUCUGCUGCGUCUACUUUGUCUUUCUCAGUGACAAUAUUAAGCAGGUGGUCGAAGCAGCCAACGGCACCACCUUCAACUGCCACAUAAACUACACCAACCAGACCCAGAUUAUGGUGCCCAGCUUCGACUCCCGUCUCUACAUGCUCUUCUUCCUGCCCGCCUUCGUCCUGCUGGUUUUCACCCCCAACCUGAAGUACUUGGCUCCCCUGUCUCUGCUAGCAAAUCUGGUCAUGACCGCCAGCCUGGUCCUCAUCUACUUCUACUCCCUGGUGAACAUCACGUAUCCCAUCAACCUACCGAAAGUCGGCAGGCUUAAAGACUACCCUCUCUUCUUUGGGACGGCCAUCUUUGCCUUCGAAGGGAUCGGAGUGGUUCUUCCCCUGGAGAACAAGAUGCAGAGGCCUCAGAGUUUUGUCCCGGUUCUGUAUUUGGGGAUGGGCAUUGUCACCUUCCUCUACAUCAGCCUUGGCACCAUAGGAUAUAUGUGCUUUGGAGAGCACAUAGGAGGGAGCAUCACUCUCAACUUGCCGAACUGCUGGACGUACCAGAUCGUGAAGCUGCUCUACUGUUUCGGUAUUUUCAUCACCUUCGCCCUGCAGUUUUACGUUCCGGCUGAGAUUCUCAUCCCGCCGGCCGUGGCUCGCGUAUCCGAGAGGUGGGAGAGAGCCGUCGACCUGCUGCUUCGCACCAUCUUGGUCAUCUUCACAUGUGCUCUCGCCAUCCUGAUACCGGAGCUGGACCUCGUCAUCUCAUUGGUCGGCUCAGUCAGCAGCAGUUUCCUGGCGCUGAUCUUUCCUCCCAUCCUCCAGAUUUUAACGUUUCACAGAGAGGGCGUGUCGCCGCCGGUGGCCAUCAAGAACAUCGGUAUUAGUUUGAUUGGGUUGGUGGGGUUCGUCACGGGAACCUACAUCGCCAUUGAGCAAAUCAUCGCCCGGAACGGACAGAAGCAUGAAGAGGCGUUCUCCUCCUACAUGAUCCAGUGAAGAAGUGAAAUGACUGUCGGUUUGGUGAAAGUUAACAAACCCAGACCAUUUAGAAACCAUUUUAGGGCACAUUUUUAGUCUCCUUUGAUUUGCUGCUGUUAGACAUUUUAAGAUGAACCUGUCAGAGGCUGUAAGGACUCGUGGUGUCUCUGCUGCACUACGGUGUCCUGUUGUGUCGGAUAUACGCGACUUAAGUCCAGCAGUGCAGGGCGGUCUGGUGACAGCAUCGUUAUGAUAGAAGCUAAAUCAUUCCUGGAAGUAGGAAAUCAAAAGUUUUUAAAGUUUGUAGGUAAUUUAUUUCUUUGACUGCCUGAAUAUAUUGAUGUGUUGUUUCAGUCAAAACCUCAAACUACCUCACAAUCUGGUAUCAAUUUGGUCUUGGGAAACUUUUUUAAAGGCGUGUCAGCCUGAACGGUUUCCCGCUUUGAGAUUUCUGAGAUUGACAACCUCGUUUAGAGAAAAAGGAAGAAAACAGUGUUUGUUGCACUUUGAUUUAUGCCUUAUUCAACGAAACAGCGCACUACUUUGACAUUGGUAACGCAUCACACAAACUUGGAAUGGAAUAAUUAUAACUUUAAAUUACUGUUACAACAGACAAAACAUUUUUAUAACUAAACGGUUGGGUAUCUAAUUUUUUUUAGCGUGUACUGAAUUGGAACCAGUUCCACAUUAAUACGAACCAGAGAUUGUUUAGGAUUUGUGCUCUUCAGUUUCUCUUCCGGACCCGCUGGCCCUCGUGACAAGGUACAGGUGUCAUGACAUGGUGAGAAGUUUGGCCAAGCUGUUGUUCCUGCAUAAUGUCUGAACUCGUUUACUGACCGCCAGCAAACACUGAAGCUGAUCCAAACAACGUCAGCGUUGGGCUGCUGGAUGUUUUGUGAUUUUCACACUGACUUCCCACUCAACUUUUCUUUGGUUAGUUUCACAAAGGGAGCAAAACAGGGUUUGUAACUCUGUAAGAACACCUGGUUCAAAUCAAAAUGUGUGUGAGACGAUGACGAAUGAUUAGAUUUUAAGGUACGCUGUGUUUUAAAGGUGGUUCGGUUUGGGACUGAAGAGCACAUUGAGAAUCAAUGGGCUUAAUCCGAUACUCAACCCUAAGGCAAAACCUGUCAGAUUUGUUCUCUGUUUGUAUCAGAGCGCUUUUCUUUAACACCUUUUCUCUUAAACUUUUUUUAAUGUGUUUUUAUGUUUUAAUGUGUUUACUAAAUUAAUGGGUAAUGGUAUUUUUGAAUAGUUUUUUUUUUAUUCAGCAGCAUGCAUUUAUAAGACUUAGAGCUAACCUUCACUGUGUCAUUUUGGUUUAAUUACAGAGCGACUCUGCAUGUAAUAUAACGUUAUGUGUGUUGUAAUAUAAAAGACAAGCUGUAGGUAUCAUCUUUGUAAAAUAAAUCCCGUCUGUUAGGAGCAGAUGAGCGUGACACUCGUACUGCAAGUCAUGCUGAAGCUCGUGUGCUGUCGUAUGUCUUCAGCGUUAGAAAGAAGGCGUUUGGAUUCAGUAAAGACGAAUCUCUGAGCUUCACGUCUGGAGACUUCAGUUGCUUUUGUGUAGAAGCCCUUUUGUUGCACAUGUAAAUGCAGAAAUGUCUAAUCGAUUUAAAUAACAGUCUGUAUGAGAUUUUCCUACUGGACACUUUAAGAGAUUAUCAAGGUGAUGAUGAUGAUGUGCAAAGAAGACUAACGCUCAUUUAUGGCCACAGCCACUGAUGACUGAAUUUGUCACUUAAUCAGCUCUUAAUUAUUUGAACUGUUAGCUCAGGCGUCCUCCUGUUGAACUAUCGCUGUAGCCACAGUUUGAUCCUCUCAUCGGACAGGCUGGGACCUACAAAUGUUUGACAUUUUUAUCUGGUUAUUUACUGUCAUGUUAACAGUCUUUUCUUUAUUUCCUACUCAGAAAUAAACAACUCGAAACUG